CCCACGCAAACGAAUAUUGGGAAGUGGCCACGUCAUCGGCUACCUUGCUUCCGCGACUUGACUUUUAUCGUCCUCCUCUUGCCCCCAAACCCUGAGAGAGAGAGAGAGAGAGAGAGAGAAGCAAAGAAUCAUCAUCCAAUUGCACAACAUUCUGAAAUUCUCGCCACCGUCUCGCACCGCUCUGUGUAAAUCCAGAUUCGAUUGCUACUAUUAUCUUAUCCCCUUUCGAAUUCGUCCCUUCCUGAUCCCCAAUAACUCCAAGAUUAGGCAUUGUUAGGAAGAUGAUUCAUUGGGGUGGAGUUACCUGCUGCCUCAGCGCCGCCGCUCUUUAUCUUCUCGGUAGCAGUAGCGGCAGGGACGCUGAAGUUCUCAAAACCGUCACUAGGGUUAACCAGCUCAAGGAGUUAGCGCAAUUGCUAGAAUUAGAUAGCAGCAAGCUCCUGCCUUUCAUUGUGGCUGUAUCUGGAAGAGUUGGCUCUGACACACCUAUCAAGUGCGAGCAUAGUGGCAUACGCGGUGUUAUCGUCGAGGAAACUGCGGAGCAACAUUUUCUGAAGCACAAUGAGACUGGUUCUUGGGUUCAAGAUAGUGCUUUGAUGCUAUCUAUGAGUAAAGAGGUUCCUUGGUUUCUGGACGAUGGGACAAGUCGUGUGAAUGUAGUGGGAGCUCGUGGUGCAACAGGCUUUGCCUUGACCGUUGGAAGUGAAGUGUUUGAAGAGUCAGGGAGGUCUCUUGUACGGGGAACUCUUGAUUAUCUCCAAGGCCUUAAGAUGCUUGGAGUAAAGCGCAUUGAGCGUGUUCUUCCUACUGGAAUGCCUCUAACUAUUGUUGGUGAGGCUGUCAAGGACGAUAUUGGAGAUCUCAGGAUUCAGAAACCUGAAAGAGGGCCUUUCUACGUCUCUCCUAAAUCACUAGAUCAGCUCAUUUCCAAUUUGGGGAAAUGGUCAAGGUGGUACAAGUAUGCCUCUAUGGGUUUAACUGUUUUUGGUGUGUUUCUAAUUACAAAGCAUGUCAUUGAUCAUGUUCUUGAGAGAAGACGCCAUCGAGAGUUACAGAAAAGAGUGCUUGAUGCAGCAGCUAAGAGAGCUGAAGAGACUGAAGGUUCAAACGGGGCACAUGAGAGCGUUUCAGAUUCUACCAAGAAAGAAGGCGCUGUUCCUGAUCUCUGUGUGAUCUGUCUAGAGCAUAACUAUAAUGCUGUGUUUGUUCCGUGUGGUCAUAUGUGCUGCUGCACCGCAUGCUCCUCCCACUUGACCAGCUGUCCACUUUGCCGAAGACGUAUAGAUCAGGUGGUUAAGACAUAUCGUCACUGAGCAAACUCAACUCAGAGCUCAGAAGCAUUCUCUACUCGAAUCUGGUCUGUAAAUACCGCAAGAUCAAAACGUUACAAUUCAGUGUUCGUAAUCCUCUUUUGUUUGAUUUCAAGAACAGUACAUUUAAAUUAUAUGAAAACAUAAGGUGUUUGCUCGAUCCACGAAACAGUAAAUUCGUUUUUAACUAUU